CUGACUGACUGCAGCUCGCGACAGGAGAGGAAAUGCGUUUAUUUUGCUGUGUUUUAGUCUUUCUACAGUGAAUUGUGUCAAGUGACUGUUUCUCAUUAUUCACAUACAAUAUGUAAGGCAUGUUAAACUGACCUCGUUACUGACUUCACAUCAUUUUAACAGCCAUUUACACUAGCACGGCAUACUGAGUUGCCAUGCUCAGUCGCAGACAUGCAUUGGAAAACUUUUUCUGUCUUUGCGUUACUUCUCAACAUCACCGGGACUUCACCGACUUCAUAUGUCAUCACAGUCGAUGUUGGGAAACCAGUAGGAUAUCUUAAACACUUCUGGAGAAGCACUGGUUUCUGUCCCCCGCUCCCUCACACUCAGGCCCACCAGUUUGACCUGAGCACUGACCAGCAGCUGAACCUGGCCUAUGUGGGCUCAGUCCCCCAUGGAGGGAUCCAGCAGGUCAGGAUUCACUGGAUGUUGGAGCUGGUGACUGCACAAGAUAUUGGAGGACAACCCCAUUACAACUUCACUAAACUGGACCAGCUGAUAGAACUGUUGUGGAUUAAUGGACUCAGACCAGGUUUUGAACUGAUGGGCAGUGUCUCUAACUACUUCACUGACUUUGAGGACAAAUCACAAGUGGUCAAGUGGAGAAAUCUGAUUUAUCUCCUCGCCAAGAGGUACAUCGACAAAUAUGGCCUGGGUAGUGUCUCUCAGUGGAACUUUGAGACAUGGAAUGAACCAAACAACCAUGACUUUGAUAAUGUCACCGUGUCAAUCCAAGGGUUUUUAAACUACUAUGAUGCCUGUUCGGAGGGUCUGCGUGCUGCCAGCAGUUACCUGAGGUUUGGGGGCCCAGGAGACUCCUGUCAUUCCCCCCCACACUCACCAUACUGCUGGGCCAUGCUGCAGCACUGCUACAACGGCACCAACUACUUCACUGGAGAGACAGGGGUCAGGAUCGAUUACAUCGCCCUGCACAAGAAGGGAGGAGGCUACUCCUUACCCAUCUUGCAGCAGGAGAUCCAGACAGUGCAGGAGAUCCAGGAGCGUUUCCCUCGGUUCCGCAGCCUCCCUGUUUACAACGAUGAGGCUGACCCACUGGUGGGCUGGUCUAGGCCUCAGGAGUGGAGAGCUGAUGUGACCUAUGCUGCGAUGGUGGUGAAGGUAAUAAACCAGCACCAGGAUCUGCUGCUGGCAGACCCAAACAGCACCAUCAACUACACCCUGCUCAGCAAUGACAAUGCCUUCCUCAGCUACCACCCCCACCCCUUCACCCAGCGCACACUGACUGCCCGCUUCCAGGUCAACAACACCCAGCCACCUCACGUCCAGCUGAUCAGGAAGCCUGUCCUCACUGUCAUGGGCCUGCUGGCUCUGCUAGGAGAGACCCAGGUCUUGGCUCAGGUUCUGAGCUCAGCAGGAGCCAACAAGAGCACUAUAGGAGUUCUCGCCAGCAGUCAUAAGCCCACAAUACCAGGCGGCUCAGACAGCUGGCAGGCAGCAGUGCUGCUCUACAACAGUGACGACAACAGCACCUCCAUAAACACUGAUGAUGUCACCAUCUCACUGAAGGGACUGUCUGCACAAAAGGGUCUUGUGUAUGUCACAUAUUACAUUGACAACAAUGUAACCAACCCGUACCAGCUGUGGCAGAGCAUGGGCCGCCCUGACUACCCCUCAACAGAACAGUUCAGACGCCUCAGGACCGUGCAGGACCCUCAUGUUGAUGGACCCUGGGAAGUCCCUGCUGGGGACACUCUGACUCUGAAAGCUGAACUGUCCCUGCCCUCUGUCCUCCUCAUACAUGUUUGUGCCCGACCCAAAGCAGUGCCAGGCCAGGUGAAUGGAUUACGCUUUAUCAGGAUCACCAAAGGCCAAGUUCUGAUUGCCUGGUCAGACCACUGUAUUGACUGCAAAUGCAUUAAGACAUUUGAAGUGGAGUUCUCCACAGAGCAAAAGGAAUUCAGCAGAAUCAAUACUCAAGACACCAUUUUUACUUCUCAUGUUUAUUCACCUGUGGACCAGGAGGUUGGCGGUCUGUACAGAGUCCGAGCUGUGGACUACUGGGGAAGGCCCGGCCAGUUCUCGCUGCCAGAGAGGUACUCAGAGGAGAUGUAGACCAAAGUCAAGUCUGGCACCAUUUAUAUUAUGUUUCUAAAUAGUUUUGUACGAUGUAAAUACAUUUUAUAGACAUCAGUAUGUUGAUUAUAUAUGUUAUACAGUAUGGGUCGUUUCUGAUAUGCCCCAAUCAAAUUAUAAGCAUACAUUUAUUUUUCAUACUCCUGCUGUAAUACAGGCAUCACAUGUAUUGACAGUGUAUAGUAGUUGUUUCAGGUUCAAAGACUUUGAGAAUGUUAGAUAAAAGUGACUGAAUACAGUAAUCUGCAAACAUUACAAGAUCAAAUACAUUCACUUGUAAAGCAGCUGUAGAUUUAUUGGCUUAUGGUGAUAGAUAAAGGGAUUGAACACAUCCUUUCUUGGUGGAAACAUGUUUAACUAGUAAUGCGUAAUCAUAAACGGUUAACAAGUCAAUCAAAACAAACAACAUGUCACUUGUUCUUUCAAUACUGUCUAAUUUUUCUACACUGUCUUCGGCACUCAGCCAAGAUCCCACUGGUUUCUGCUGAAGACACAAGACAGGUCAAUAAUAUGUAGUUUCAAUUUAAAAAAAAAAUUACCUAAAAAGCUGGGCACUGUGAUUUGUCGGGGACUGUUUUCAGCAGUGGAUUAAUACACAGUUGGUUAAUGAAUGUUGGACAACAAAAAAUUAUAUAUCAGGAUAUAUCAGGCUUUGGAUACGCAGGCAACACUUGUUCUUUGGGUCAAUUCAUUGUCCAUUUUGGUCUUUUUAUUGGAUUUGUUGACAAUAAGAAUAUAUUGAAUAUUACUGGAUUUAUCCUUGUAAUGUAUUUACACAUGAAUAGGUCAUACAUCCUUAAGGACAACUUGUUAAACGCAGUGUUAAAAUAAGAUUUUAGUAUUAAUGCUUGUUUUGCAGUUGCACAUAAUGUGUCAUUGUUGAAGUCAAAUACAAAAUGUCACUGAGCAAUGAGAUUAAUAAUUAACUGAUCACACUGUUAUCAGAAACUGUUACAGCCAGACAAACAAAUAUAAUGGAUACUUGAGUCAUUUUUUGUUAUCUGUUUUUAAUUUGUUUUUGUUUUUUUAACCAAUGUCGCAGAUCUUUAUAUUGUUGUGUUUAUAUGUUUGUGCUCUGGAUAAUUAA